AUGAUCACAACUGGGCCGCUUCUUAGGGCCCUAGGCAUGUGCCUCGUUUGCCUAUGCGUUACCGCGGGGCUGCGAGAGGAACAGCGCCCUACAGAGCCGCGACGCCUGCGGCCGCAGGGCGUGACAGCCCCCCCUCCCCGAUCGCUAGCUCGGCCAUCGGCUCGCCGCCCCUCCCCCGCAGGCGGGAGGCUUCCUCGCUCUCCUCUUCAAUCGGUGAAGUCGGCGCUCGAUUCCGGCCGCCAGGGCUGGCCGAGGGAGAGAGCCAAGAUGGCGGACAGGGCGCCAGGCGGUUCGCAGAAAGGCAGCGGGAAGGUCAGAGCGCCAGAUGCAGUACAUACCACUGGAUCUGCAGAUACACAUCCUCUUAUGGAAAGCAAACUUAAAGCAUUCAGUAUUGGCAAAAUGAGUGCUGCCAAGAGGACUUUAAGCAAGAAGGAACAAGAGGAAUUAAAAAAGAAGGAGGAUGAGAAGGCUGCUGCAGAAAUUUAUGAAGAAUUCCUUGCUGCCUUUGAAGGAAGUGAUGGUAAUAAAGUAAAAACAUUUGUGAGAGGAGGAGUUGUUAAUGCAUCCAAAGGUAAGAGUGAGGACCAUGAAACAGAUGAAAAACGAGGUAAAAUCUACAAACCUUCAUCGCGAUUUUCAGAUCAAAAAAAUCAACAAAGUCAACCAUCUAAUGAGAAACCUCCAUCCCUUCUAAUGAUAGAAACCAAAAAGCCUCCUUUGAAAAAAGGGGAGAAAGAAAAGAAAAAGAGCAAUUUGGAACUUUUCAAAGAAGAACUAAAACAAAUUCAGGAGGAGCGUGAUGAAAGACACAAAACAAAAGGUAGAUUAAGUCGUUUUGAGCCACCUCAAUCGGAUUCAGAUGGCCAGCGUCGUUCAAGUAAGUUGUUAUUAUUUUAUCAUGUUUUUUUGUUUUAUAAAAUCUGUAGACUAAAUUGUGUAUUCUUUUGUUUAGUGGAUGCUCCUUCAAGAAGAAACAGAUCAUCUGGUGUGUUGGAUGAUUAUGCACCAGGAUCGCAUGAUGUUGGGGAUCCAAGUACAACCAAUUUGUACCUUGGAAACAUUAAUCCUCAGAUGAAUGAAGAGAUGUUGUGCCAAGAAUUUGGACGCUUUGGACCAUUAGCAAGUGUUAAAAUUAUGUGGCCAAGAACUGAUGAAGAAAGAGCGAGAGAGAGAAAUUGUGGCUUUGUUGCCUUUAUGAGCAGGAGAGAUGCUGAACGAGCACUGAAGAAUCUAAAUGGCAAGAUGAUUAUGUCUUUUGAAAUGAAGCUAGGUUGGGGCAAAGCUGUACCUAUUCCACCGCAUCCAAUAUACAUUCCACCUUCCAUGAUGGAGCAUACUCUCCCACCACCUCCAUCAGGACUGCCUUUUAAUGCUCAGCCUCGGGAGAGAUUGAAGAACCCUAAUGCUCCAAUGUUACCACCACCAAAAAACAAGGAGGAUUUUGAGAAGACUCUGUCGCAAGCCAUAGUCAAAGUGGUUAUCCCAACAGAAAGGAAUUUGCUCGCAUUGAUUCAUCGAAUGAUAGAGUUUGUGGUACGUGAAGGGCCUAUGUUUGAAGCCAUGAUCAUGAACAGAGAAAUCAACAAUCCAAUGUUCAGGUUUUUAUUUGAAAACCAAACUCCAGCCCAUGUUUACUACAGGUGGAAGCUUUAUUCAAUUCUACAGGGAGAUGCUCCAACCAAAUGGAGGACAGAAGAUUUUCGUAUGUUCAAAAAUGGAUCAUUUUGGAGGCCGCCACCAUUAAACCCAUACCUGCAUGGGAUGUCUGAAGAGCAAGAAACUGAAGCAUUUGUAGAGGAACCUAAUAAGAAGGGUGCACUUAAGGAGGAACAGAGGGACAAAUUAGAGGAAAUCCUGCGUGGAUUAACGCCUCGUAAGAAUGAUAUUGGGGAUGCAAUGGUUUUCUGUCUUAAUAAUGCUGAAGCUGCUGAAGAAAUUGUAGACUGCAUUACUGAGUCGCUGUCCAUUCUGAAGACUCCUCUUCCCAAAAAGAUUGCAAGAUUAUACUUGGUAUCAGAUGUGUUAUACAACUCUUCAGCUAAAGUUGCCAAUGCUUCAUAUUAUAGAAAAUUUUUUGAAACAAAAUUAUGUCAGAUAUUCUCUGAUCUCAAUGCUACUUAUCGUACAAUACAAGGCCAUUUGCAGUCUGAGAAUUUCAAGCAACGGGUAAUGACAUGCUUCAGAGCAUGGGAGGACUGGGCAAUUUAUCCAGAACCCUUUUUAAUCAAACUGCAGAAUAUUUUCUUGGGGCUUGUAAAUAUCAUAGAAGAUAAAGAAGCUGAGGAAGUACCAGAUGAUCUUGAUGGUGCCCCCAUUGAGGAAGAGCUUGAUGGUGCACCACUGGAAGAUGUAGAUGGAAUUCCUAUUGAUGCUGCUCCCAUUGAUGAUCUUGAUGGUGUCCCUAUUAAAUCCCUUGAUGAUGACCUUGAUGGUGUACCUUUGUUUUUUCCCUCAAUAGUGGAUACUUCUGAAGAUUCUAAAAAAAAUGAGCCUAUAUUUAAGGUUGCCCCUUCAAAAUGGGAAGCAGUGGAUGAAUCGGAAUUAGAAGCUCAAGCUGUUACAACAUCUAAAUGGGAAUUAUUUGACCAGCAUGAAGAAUCAGAAGAGGAAGAAAAUCAAAUUCAAGAAGAGGAAAGUGAAGAUGAGGAGGAUACUCAGAGUUCAAAAUCAGAAGAACAGCAUAUGUACUCCAAUCCCAUCAAAGAAGAAAUGCCUGAAUCCAAGUCAUCAAUCAAAUACUCUGAAAUGAGUGAAGAAAAGCGUGCCAAGCUCCGAGAGAUUGAGCUUAAGGUGAUGAAAUUCCAGGAUGAGUUAGAGUCUGGAAAAAGACCCAAGAAACCAGGCCAAAGUUUUCAGGAACAGGUUGAACACUACAGAGACAAACUUCUUCAGAGGGAAAAAGAAAAGGAAUUAGAAAGAGAACGGGAAAGAGACAAGAAAGACAAGGAAAAAUCUGAAUCCAGAUCCAAAGAUAAGAAGGAGAAAGAAGAAUGUACACCAACAAGAAAAGAAAGACGACACAGCGCAUCACCCAGUCCAUCUCGCAGCAGUGGCAGUAGACGAGCAAAAUCUCCAUCACCAAAAUCAGAGCGCUCAGAGCGAUCUGAAAGGUCCCACAAAGAGAGCUCACGUUCCAGGUCAUCACACAAAGACUCUCCUAGAGACGUCAGUAAAAAAGCCAAAAGGUCCCCAUCUGGCUCAAGGACACCCAAAAGAUCAAGAAGGUCACGAUCCAGGUCCCCUAAAAAGUCAGGGAAAAAAUCCAGGUCGCAGUCUCGUUCUCCACACAGAUCUCACAAGAAGUCGAAGAAAAGCAAACACUGACACUGUUAAUAUUUUUUAAUGAUGCUGUCACUUAACAGAAAUGCGGUUUUGUUUUUGUGCCUGAACAGUCUGUUUAAAAAACAAACAAAAAAAUCAAACAAAAAAGCAUUCCUGAUUUUUUUUUUUUUUUUUUUUUUUUUGUGAAUGCACGUGUAUACUCAUAAGUAACUGCAUCUGGAGACCUGUCAUUGUUUUAUAUUGUACAAAAUAUCUUCAUUGUGGCUAUUUCCCCAAAUGAAACAUUUUUGUGUUUAGAAAUUUCAUCAGAAAUGUGUGUAACUGAUCUGCUGGCAGUAGUGAUAUUUUGUUUUAGAAUGUUGUGACAUAGAAAUAAUUCAAAUGUUCCCCCUUUUUGUAGCUUUGACAAUUUGAACUAGAUUUCAAAUAAAAUCUGAACAGAAAAUUAAGAUGUGGUUUUCUUGCUCAGAUGGUGAAUCUUUCAAAGUGUUCAUAGUUUGUUUGGAAGUACUGUGUAUUUCAGACAUACUGUGUUGGAAAACUUUCUUCAAUAUAUUAUACAUCAACAGCUGUGGUCUCAUUUUUUGUUAGUUUGUAUACCAAGAUGAGAGCACCUUGGGAUCCAUCUGAUAACCUUAUUUCUGAUUGUGAUACUUUAACAUUGCAGGUUAUGGUCCAUGUGGACAUUAAUUAAAAAAAAUAUUGUGGUCUAACAGUAUUCUCCAUUUUUAAGUAUAGGGAAUAUCUCAGAAACUAGAAUGAAUUUAGAUAUACCCCUAAAGGGGUUGUAUGCACAGUGAUACAUUAAUAAGCCAUAUUAAUGACAUGUCUAUGGGAAUGUUGAAAGGAAAGCAAGGCUCAAGACUUGAAUGACUUUUUUCUCACUAAAUAUAGUUACAAUGAUUGCAACAUAGUACAUCCUGUAUUGGUUUUUCAAAAGUAGAUUUUUAUUCCAAAAGGAGAGCUUUUACAUUAUGUGUUUUUAUUAAAUGUAUUCCUUGGGAAAUUGUUCAAAAUGGAACACACAUUACGGUUUAAUAUAUGUUUGAUUAUUAUUUUGGAACCAAAAGGCUGCUAACUUUCUUCAUUUUAGGCUGCCUCCUGCUCUACCUGUUUUAGGUAUUGAUGUAUAUUCCUUCAUCUUGCUCUCCAUCACUUAACUCUCUCAUUUGGGGACUGUAGGAUGUCCAGAGCAUUCAGUGCUUAUCUUUGGAGACAUGGGCAAUUUGUAAUAAAAAAUUAAAAUAAAAAGGGUCCUGGACUCCUGUGAAAUGUUUCUAAAAGCUGCAGCUGUGCUUUAUUAUAGCCAUGGAGUGCUGGAUGUACUGAUAGGCUGGUGUAUCUGCAGCUUUUAAAGUCUUGAGUUUUACAGGUAGGACAGUGAAAAAUGUGUAUAUUUGUAUGUGCAUAGCUUAAGAUGCUAAAGGUGGUUACAAAAACAGGAUAAAAAUAUUCUUUAAUAAA